UAGUUUCCCGCGGGCUCCGGGCGGCCCGGGGGCAGGGCCGGGCUCGGACUACGCAGGGCGGAGCCCCGGAGAGACGCGGCCGACCCGCCCCGGCCCAUAAUCGGCGCCGCCGCCGCCGCCAAGACCGAGCGCAGGAGCUCGGACCCGAGGCCGCCGCCGGGCCCCGAACCCCGCCCGCCAUGCCCGCGCCCCGCGCUCUGGCGGCCGGCGCGCCAGCGCCUGGCAAGGCCGCGCUCACGCACCCGGGGAAGGCGAUCCUGGCAGGCGGCCUGGCGGGUGGCAUCGAAAUCUGCAUCACCUUUCCCACCGAGUAUGUGAAAACGCAGCUACAGCUGGACGAGCGCUCGCACCCACCGCGCUACCGGGGCAUCGGGGACUGCGUUCGGCAGACGGUCCGCAACCAUGGCGUCCUGGGCCUGUACCGCGGCCUCAGCUCCCUGCUCUACGGCUCCAUUCCGAAGGCGGCCGUCAGGUUCGGGAUGUUCGAGUUUCUCAGCAACCACAUGCGGGACGCCCAGGGACGGCUGGACAGCACGCGCGGGCUGCUGUGCGGCCUGGGCGCUGGUGUGGCCGAGGCCGUGGUGGUCGUGUGCCCCAUGGAGACCAUCAAGGUGAAGUUCAUCCAUGACCAGACCUCCCCCAGCCCCAAAUACAGAGGAUUCUUCCACGGGGUCAGGGAGAUCGUGCGGGAACAAGGGCUAAAGGGGACGUACCAGGGCCUCACGGCCACCGUGCUGAAGCAGGGAUCCAACCAGGCCAUUCGAUUCUUCGUCAUGACCUCCUUGCGCAACUGGUACCGAGGGGACAACCCCAACAAGCCCAUGAACCCGCUCAUCACUGGCGUGUUUGGAGCCAUCGCGGGCGCAGCCAGUGUCUUCGGGAACACUCCUCUGGACGUGAUCAAGACCCGGAUGCAGGGCCUGGAGGCGCACAAGUACCGCAACACGUGGGACUGCGGCCUGCAGAUCCUGAGGAACGAGGGGCCCAAGGCGUUCUACAAGGGCACCGUCCCCCGCCUGGGCCGGGUGUGCCUGGACGUGGCCAUCGUGUUCGUCAUCUAUGACGAGGUGGUGAAGCUGCUCAACAAAGUGUGGAAGACAGACUGAGCCCCGGGGUCUGCGCAUGGGCUGCUCCCAGCGCCCCCUUCUCACAAUUGCAGUGCAGUCGUGCCAAAAGGCCCCCUUCUCCUGUCCCUUACAGUCCAUGGCCCAAGGCUGUCCCCUGUGGCCAUCGGGUCCAUGUGUCCCCUGUGGUCUGUAUGACACCACCGUGGUGUCCAUGUGUCCAGCUGAGACCGGGUGUUCCUCUGGCCUGUGAAUCUGUGCCCACUUGUCCACGUGCUUACUCGUAUGCCUGUGUUUCAUGUUUCGUGUUCUGUGACCCUGUGCCCCACUUCCCGGGGUGCCUGUGUGGCCUUGGGUCACGGCCCUGUAGCCAUGGCCUGGUCCCAGCCCGGUGCCUUCCACCCUGGGCAGCAGGGGCAUCACCCUGGCCUACCACAGCUGCCUCUGGGCCUCAGCCUGGCCUCACUGCAUUCCAGGGGCUGCGUACCCCCCGCUUCUCCUGCCACUGGCCUUAACCAGCCCUUGGGCCCUCCCUCCGCCCAGGACAGGGUGGCACCUGCCACUCUCAGGACCACCCUUCCAAGGCAGAAUAAACUGGAUCCUGUUGCAGCC